ACAACAAAUUCAUUCAUUCAUUCAUUCUUUCUUUCUUUUCUUACCAUAUCCAUCAAGCCCCACCCUUGUUUUUGUCACCAUCAUCAAUUAAUUCACUGAAACAAAUUCAUUAAACAUGAGAUAUUUCCUAUUUUCUCUCUUCUUUCCAACAUUCAUCAUUACUUUCACAUAUGGUCAAGAAAUAAUUAAUACUACUCCACCACAAGUAGGUUCAUUGAAUAGGAAAGAUUUUCCUGAAGGCUUCAUCUUUGGCACAGCAUCUUCUGCAUAUCAAUAUGAAGGUGCAGCAAGUGAAGGUGGAAGAGGAGCAAGUAUAUGGGAUACUUUCACUCAUAGAUAUCCUCAAAAAAUCACUGAUGGAAACAAUGGAGACGUUGCGGUUGACUCGUAUCAUCGAUAUAAGGAAGAUGUUGGUAUCAUGAAGGAUAUGAACUUGGAUGCAUACAGAUUUUCCAUAUCUUGGUCUAGAAUACUCCCAGAUGGGAAACUAAGUGGAGGAAUUAAUCAAGAAGGAAUCGACUAUUACAACAACCUCAUCAAUGAGUUGGUGGCAAAUGGUUUACAACCAUUUGUAACUCUUUUUCAUUGGGAUCUUCCUCAAACUCUAGAAGAUGAAUAUGGCGGCUUCUUAAGUCCUCUCAUCAUAAAAGACUUUCAAGACUAUGCGGAACUUUGCUUCAAAACAUUUGGAGAUAGAGUAAAACAUUGGAUAACUUUGAAUGAACCAUGGACUUACAGUCAAGAUGGGUAUGCAAAUGGUGAAAUGGCACCGGGCCGAUGCUCUUCUUGGUUGAAUCCAAAUUGCACCGGCGGUGAUUCUGGAACCGAACCUUAUUUAGUUGCACAUUAUCAACUUCUAGCUCAUGCAGCAGUUGUUAAUUUGUACAAGACCAAGUAUCAAGUCUCUCAAAAGGGUGUGAUAGGUAUAACAUUGGUUAUUAACUAUUUUGUGCCACUCUCAGAUAAUAAACUUGAUAUAAAGGCUGCUGAACGAGCUACAGACUUUAUGUUUGGAUGGUUUAUGGAUCCCUUGGCCAAUGGAGAUUAUCCUAAAACCAUGAGAGCCUUAGUCAGAUCAAGGUUACCAAAGUUUACAAAAGAGCAAUCUAAGCUAGUGAGUGGUUCAUUUGAUUUUAUUGGCAUAAACUAUUACUCUUCUUGCUAUGCUUCUGAUGCACCUCAAUUAAGCAAUGGCAAACCUAGCUACCUAACUGAUUCUCUUUCUCGUUUUUCAUUUGAACGUGAUGGAAAAACCAUUGGUCUAAAUGUUGCUUCAAAUUGGUUGUAUGUUUAUCCAAGAGCAAUUCGAGACUUUCUGAUACAAGUUAAAGAAAAAUAUAACAACCCUUUAAUUUAUAUUACUGAAAAUGGUAUUAAUGAGUACGAUGAUCCAUCCUUAUCCCUUGAAGAAUCUCUUAUGGAUACAUAUAGAGUUGAUUAUCAUUAUCGUCAUUUAUUCUAUCUUAAUGAGGCAAUCAAGGCUGGUGUAAAUGUCAAGGGAUACUUUGCAUGGUCCUUGUUGGACAAUUUUGAAUGGCACAAAGGUUAUACUGUGAGAUUUGGAAUGACCUUUGUAGAUUACAAAAAUGGUUUGAAAAGAUAUCAAAAGCUCUCAGGGUUGUGGUUCAAGAAUUUUCUUACACCAGACAACAAAAAAGUUUACAUAGAUUCCAUUUAAUAAUGCUACAAAAUUCUUUUAUAAAUACCAUAGUUGUAAAAACAAUUAUUUCAUUGUUUGAAUAUAAAAAGUAUACCAUUUGAAAUUGUAUGUAAAUAUAUUAUCUAUAUGUAAUUGGUCCUAUUCUUUGAUUCUACAUGUAACUUGUUAUUUCAUUUUACUUA